AAUGCGCCCUUCAAGCAGUGCAGUUACGUAUCCACGAAGAACGGAAAGAGAUGUCCCAGUGCUGCCCCGAAGCCAGAGAAGAAAGAUGGUGUGUCGUUCUGUGCUGAACAUGCCCGAAGGAAUGCUCUUGCACUGCAUGCUCAGAUGAAGAAGACCACCCCAGGGCCUAUGGGGGAAGCACUCUUGUGCCAGCUGAGUUCCUAUGCAAAGACGGAGCUGGGGUCUCAGACUGCAGAAGGUAUCCGUAGCGAAGCCAGCCGAAUACUGGAGGAAGACAGCUGGAGUGAUGGGGACCAGGAACCCAUUACUGUGGAUCAGACAUGGAGAGGUGACCCUGACAGUGAAGCUGAUAGCAUAGACAGUGACCAAGAAGAUCCCUUGAAACAUGCGGGUGUCUACACAGCAGAAGAAGUGGCCCUGAUCAUGCGUGAGAAGUUAAUUCGUUUGCAGUCUUUGUACAUAGAUCAGUUUAAACGACUUCAGCAUCUGCUGAAGGAGAAGAAGCGCCGGUACUUACAUAACCGCAGAGUGGAACAUGAAUCUCUAGGCAGCAGUCUCCUGACUGGCCCAGAGGGACUUUUAGCCAAAGAACGAGAGAACUUAAAGCGAUUAAAAUGUCUCCGGCGGUAUCGCCAGCGCUAUGGAGUAGAAGCCUUGCUGCACAGGCAACUGAAGGAACGCAGAGUGCUGGCCACAGAUGGUGCUGCCCAGCAGGCUCACAGCACGCGGUCCAGUCAGAGGUGCUCGGCCUUUGUGGGUGACGUGCGCUGUUCCAGUCAGUCUCUUCCAAUGACCAGACACUGCCUUACCCAUAUUUGUCAGGAUACGAAUCAAGUUCUCUUCAAAUGCUGCCAGGGAUCUGAAGAGGUUCCCUGCAACAAGGCCGUCCCUGUAAGCCUUUCUGAGGAUCCGUGCUGCCCACUGCAUUUCCAGCUGCCUCCUCAGAUGUAUAAGCCCGAGCAGGUACUGUCUGUGCCAGACGGCCUGGAAGCCGGCCCCAUGGAUCUGUACUGGAGUGCUGCUGAGCUCCAGCCCACUGAGAGUUUACCACUGGAGUUCAGUGAUGACUUGGAUGUUGUAGGUGAUGGAAUGCAAUGCCCUCCUUCACCCUUGCUUUUUGAUCCUUCUCUAACCCUUGAAGAUCAUUCAGUCAAAGAAAGUGCUGAAGGCUCAGUGGAUAUAUUGGGCCAGAUGCCGAUGGCUGGAGAUGGGUGCAGACCCCAGGGAUCUCGAAAUUCUGAGAAAGUCUGUGCAUCACUGCCUCAAAGUGGACUUGCUCCUGCGAAUGGGAAGUCAGAGUCUACUUCUGUCAGUUGAUGGUUUAUUCUAGGAACUAUUUGGCUUGGUCGAUUUGAAAUUCCAUUCCUCAAAGAAGUAUGUUUGAUCA